UUCUCCGUUGGAGUCGGACGUCUUAUAUAGUACGGGUAUAUGUCGGAUCGGAGAAGUGAGCAAAGAUAAAAGCGACUCAUGCGACUGAGUCAUGCAAAAUGAAUUCGUUGUGGUGCGUCGUACUCGUUCUGACCUUGACCCUCCCAUGGGAGUUGGAGGCUCUUAUAAGAGACUAUCCGUUAUCUGAGCUCCGUGCAUCCUUAAAUUCGCGGGGAAAACGUGAUGACUCUGAUUCAACAACCGAUCAAAUCCCAUAUGAACAAUGUCCGAAGGAAUGGAGGCUUUGUCGAUUGGAGAACGGCAGACAGAAGUACUACGACUGCGAUCAUCAGCAGGAAUUUAAUGAACUCGACUUGUUGUACUGUGAUGCCACAAGCUGCCAACCGGAGGAGUUUCAGCACGACUAUAUUGUACGAAACCACGACCAGACACCGCACGUGAACCAAUGGAAGCGAGCCAGAGUCGGAGAGAACGCCACUUUGCACGAUGUGUGCAUCCUCAGGAACGGAAUGCCGGUCACAAGGAGGUGUGAGAAAAUCGGAUACAGGGCCAAGUGGGAAGUAAUUGAUAAAUGGCAGCGUGUCGUGUGUCUGAGACGCUUUAGGGAGCGUACGAUCAGUGUACAGCUAAACAGCCUGCACGACGAUAUCCUCGAGGGAAGGCGGCGAGCCAACGAUACCCAGGGUCGACAACUGAUGGCGGCCACGAUGAGGGACUUGUUUAGACAGCCCGACAAAAGUGUCCUGCCCGCCGAUGUGCAUAUGACGGGGCAGGUCCUUGGUGCCCUGAUGGAGCAGGAAAAGGAUGCGGCGGUCAGCGCGGACUUGGUCAGUGUUUACAAAGAGAUCAUGUCCACCGACAGGGAGGUGUUGCGCCUUUCCGCCCAGCUGAAUGCCACCAACUCGCUGCUCACACAAUUCGAGAACUACAUGGACGGCCUAGCCACGCAGAUGGUGUCCAGGGAGAGGUGUGGCAAGAUCGUAACCCAGGCUCAGGCAGCCAGCGAUGCCGCCGAAGUGGCAGCCAGAGAUGUGGAAACUGUCAACUUCUCGGACAUCGGAGUCCAGGCCCUGUUGAGCAGCAACCUCAGUGUGUUCUUUGUUAGUCCGGAGUGCGACAACAUCACUGGCAUUGCCAUCUACUCCGCUAACUUCGUGGGCAGAAAAUCCAGCAGCGACUUUUGGUAUCGAUUCCUUCGCUCCAGCGAUAGUUUAGACAGCCUGAAGCGGGAGUCCGACCUCGAGGUGGCCACCUUCCUGCCCAAACAGCUGUGGGAAAAGGUGAAGAAGCUCGGAGCCACUUACUUGGUCUUCAAGAUCUAUGCCCACGACGCUCUCUUUGUGGAAAUGUCGCUGACACGCAAUCGCAGGCCCCGCAGCAAGGUGAUAUCCAUCUCCAUACCGGAAAUACGGGAUCAUACCUUGCCCGAGAGCCUGCCCUUCCUGCUGCGCAAUGAGAACAUCCGUGAGCCGGAUGCGCGGUCCAUCAGCACGGGCAGCGGCUGCGGCUACUGGGAUUAUUCGACCUGGUUGGUGAACGGCGUCACCACCAGCAGCAGCAGCAGCAGCAGCAGCUCGGACCUGCUCCGGGAUCCGAUCAUCGUUUGCCACACGAACCAUCUCACCCAGUUCUCAUACCUCAUCGGCGGCAGCUACCGCACCAAUGACCUGGGCGAGGAAGUUCUCAUCACGCCCCUCAACGAGCGAGUGCUGGACAUCAUCUCCAUUGUGGGCUGCUGCCUGUCGCUGAUGGGAGUGAUUGGGAUCUUCCUCACCGCCGCUCUCUUCAAGAGUUGGCGCAGUCAGGCCUCCACCAAGGUGCUGCUGCAUUUGUGCCUCGCCAUGACCCUCCAAAUGGUUCUCUUCGUCUUCCUGAACACCGACGACAUAUCCGAACAGCUGGUCGUUAACGGAGACACCGCACGCUGUGUGGCCUUGGGGGCAUCCCUGCAGUACUCAAUUCUUGUGCUCUUCGGCUGGAUGCUCAUAAUCGCCUUCCUGCAGUUCCAGCGCUACGUCACGGUGAUUGGCAUUGAGAGGCCCAGCCACUAUAUUCUGAAGGCAGCUCUGGUGGCCUGGUCCCUGCCAUUGUUGCCCACGUUGUUGGUGGCCUUCAUUGACCCCGACUGCUACUUGCCCUCGACCGCACAGCUGGCAACCGACACUGGCAUUUGCUACCCAUCGGGGAAUGGUCUCAUCUUUGGACUGGUGCUGCCCGUCACUCUUGUCACUGUGGCCAACCUGGUGAUCUUUGUGUACGUCUUCUACAGCAUCUCGCACUCGCUCAGCCAGAGCGUUCACAAGUCCGAGCGGAAGAUGGUCGUCAAGCAGAUUCGGCUCUCCAUUCUGCUGUUCUUCCUGCUGGGGCUCUCCUGGAUCUUUGGUAUCUUCGCCUUCAUGCAGGCGGGCGUGGCCUUCUCGUAUCUCUUCUGCAUCACGGCCACCAUGCAGGGAUUCGUGCUGUUCGUCUACUUUGUGCUCUUCGAUGAAGCUGCUCGACGUUCCUGGAUGGGUCUCUUGUGCCCCACCAAAAUGUCAAUGAACGUGCAAAAGCGCAACACCGAGCUGCAGUCGAUGACCACCUCAUCUACCAAUUACUCGCACAGAUCACAUCAUUAGCGGGGGAAUCACAUUCAGCUCUCCAGAGAUAUUUCCAUCUCCCAGUCCCACCUUUCCAGUCAGCUCUCUUCUUCCACCCAACGAACAAACUGUACUCAACACGUGUAUUAAAUAUUUAUUGUAUUUUUAUUGAAA